AACUCCUUAAAACAAAGAGAAGAAUUGUAUAAAAACCAAUAUAGACUUCUGUCCUGAAAAUCAUCUUUUUAAAAACAGCACAGUCACUACUCGUCUUCUUUAACUCUUGCUUUUGCCGGUCAAAUAAUGGAGGCCAUUCUAAAGAGUUACUUUGGAUUCUCGGCGUUUAGGCCGUAUCAGAAAGAAGUCAUUCAGGGCAUUCUUCGUGGGAAGGAUUGCUUGGUGGUUAAGGGCACUGGAAGUGGGAAAUCCUUAUGUUAUCAGUUACCGCCUUUGGUCGUUGGAAAGACUGGCAUAGUUGUUAGCCCCCUUAUAUCAUUAAUGCAGGAUCAGGUAAUGGCUUUAAAGCAAAGAGGGAUCAAGUCUGAAUACCUUGGAAGUACCCAGACUGAUUACACAGUUCAACACAAGGCAGAGAGGGGUCAAUAUAAUAUAUUGUUCAUGACACCAGAAAAAGCAUGCUCUGUAUCUACGAGUUUUUGGUCAAAAUUAAAGACAGCAGGAAUUUGUUUGUUUGCGGUUGAUGAAGCACACUGCAUUUCAGAGUGGGGGCAUGAUUUUAGGGUAGAGUACAAACAGCUGGACAAACUUCGCGAUGUUCUACCAGGUCUUCCAUUUGUUGCACUGACUGCCACUGCAACUGAAAAGGUUCGGAAUGACAUUAUUAAUUCUUUGAAGAUGAAAGACCCACAAGUUACCAUUGGUUCAUUCGAUCGAACAAAUCUUUUUUAUGGAGUCAAGUCUUUUGAUCGUGGUCCAUUAUUCAUGAAUAAGCUUGUGCUUGAUAUCUCUAAGUAUGUAGCCUCUGGUGGUUCAACUAUCAUUUACUGCACGACAAUUAAAGAUGUUGAGCAGAUAUCCAAGGCACUUGAAGAAGCAGGGAUUAGUGCUGGAAUUUAUCACGGUCUAAUGGACAAAACAUCACGUGCAGAAUCCCACAGACUAUUUAUAAGGGAUGAAGUGCAAGUCAUGGUUGCCACUGUUGCUUUUGGUAUGGGCAUUGACAAACCAAAUGUAAGACAGGUGAUACAUUAUGGCUGCCCAAAGAGUCUAGAAUCUUAUUAUCAGGAAAGUGGGCGAGGUGGUAGAGAUGGUAUUGCUUCUGUUUGCUGGCUUUAUUACACGAGAAGUGAUUUUGCUAAAGCAGACUUCUACUGUGGUGAAUCACUAACUGAAAAUCAAAGAACAGCUAUUAUGGAGUCAUUGAUGGCUGCACAGCAGUAUUGUUCUAUAGCAACUUGCAGAAGAAACUUCUUGCUCAGUUAUUUUGGGGAAAAAUCUCAGUCUGAAAAAUGUGGAAAUUGUGAUAACUGCAUAGACUCAAAAAAGGAGCGUGACAUGUCAAAAGAAGCAUUUCUUCUACUGGCCUGCAUCCAAUCAUGCUGGGGUACAUGGGGACUGAACAUAUAUGUGGAUAUUCUUCGUGGAUCUAGAGCAAAAAAGAUUCGUAAUGCUCAGUUUGAUAUGCUUCCACUUCAUGGACUUGGAAAAGAAUACUCAUCAAAUUGGUGGAAAGCACUAGCCAGUCAACUAAUUUCUAAUGGCUAUUUGACAGAGAACAUACGCGAUGUUUACAGAACUAUAAGUAUCAGUGCAAAAGGGAAGAAGUUUCUCAAUUCUGUCAGACAGGACUGCCUACCACCUCUAAUUUUGCCGGUGACGAGUGAAAUGAUUGGUGAGAAUGAAAAUGACAGUGCAUUAAGUGAAGCUGGGAAAAUGGAAAAUUUGGCCACUUACUUUCAGAGGCUGAGGUAAAACUCUUUCAAUUACUUUCAGAAGAGAGAAUGAAGCUUUCUAGAAGUGCUGGAACUGCCCCUAAUGGUACAGGAUCAGCUAAAAAUGCAUGGAGAUCUAAUUCUUGAAGCAGUCAAGCGUCUAUCAGAAGAAGUCCGUCUAUCAUUGGGGGGCAAAUAUAGAGAAGGAAAUGGACAAGGUACUACAACGAGAAAACUCUAUACAGAACUAAACCAACGGCGACCAUUGGCUCUAGCAAAGUUCGAAGCUUGGAAAAUGUGGCACGAAGAUGGUCUCUCAAUACAGAGAAUUGCUGUAAGUAUAUUUUUUUUUCAACUUUUCGAAGUUUUUGAGAAAAAAAGGCUUAUGAAGACGAACAUAGCAACAUGGCAAUUUGUAAGCCUAUUCACACAUUGAACUUCACCCAUUGAACAUAGCAGCAUGUAUAUAUCCAUGCUGCUUUUUAUGGCAUGAAAAAAGUUUUACUUCCAAACCAAAAACUAUCAACGGUAGUAGUUAUUGAAAAUAAGCUAAUUAAAUUUGAACAUGAGAGGAACUAGACUUAA